GAAGGCAGCAGGUUGCCUGUUGUUGGCGCAGCAAGUGAAGCUUUAGAGUCCUUAAGAGUGUAACUAGCGGUCGUCUCUCCCUCUCUUGGCCUGUGCGACUUCCUCCUCGUUCGUCUCGACGUCGGAGAACUUUGCACGCACGCGCACCAGACCUAAACUCUUCUUCGACCUUCUUCUCCAUCGCCGCACGCAGCUCGCUCAUCGGUUUCUGCUGCUGCGAUUGCAGCCAUGGCCCUCCAGCUCGAGGAUCUGUCUGGCGAGCCUGGCCUCAAGCAGCUCGACGACUACCUGCUCUCGCGCAGCUACAUCUCAGGGUACCAGGCCUCGAGAGAUGAUUUGUCCGUGUACUUGGCCAUCAGCAAGACUCCCAGCGCCAAGUUCGUGAACCUGGCCAGAUGGUACGACCACAUCUCGGCUCUUCUGGGAUCAAGCUUCCCAGGAGCUGCCGCCGGAGUGAAGAUCGCUGGAUCGGCUGCCGCCACCGCCACCACGAGGGAAGUUGCUGCGCCCGCCGCUGCUCCUCCCACCCCCGAGACCGCCGCUGACGACUCUGCCGAGGCCCCCGCUGCCGAGGAAGACGACGAUGACGACGACGUCGACCUUUUCGGCGAGGAGACGGAGGAAGAGGCCGCCGCCGCAGCUGAGAGGGAGGCCGCCAAGAAGGCCUCGGGCAAGAAGAAGGAGAGCGGAAAGUCUUCGGUGCUUCUAGAUGUCAAGCCCUGGGACGACGAGACCGACAUGAAGAAGCUUGAGGAGGCCGUCCGAAGCGUAACUGCGGAGGGUCUUUUCUGGGGAGCUUCGAAACUGGUGCCCGUUGGUUACGGUAUCAAGAAGUUGCAGAUCAUGAUGACCAUCGAAGAUGAUCUUGUCUCCCCGGACAACCUGAUCGAGGACUACUUGACCGCCGAGCCCUGUAACGAAUUCAUCCAGAGUUGCGACAUCGUUGCAUUCAACAAGAUUUAAAUUAGAGGAAUCUUUUUUUUCCUAAACGAAUUAUGUGAAGUGAAGAGGGCUGCAAAAGGAUCCCUUGCGGUUUUGGUUAUAAAUAUUCUUUGAAAAUUAUUCAACCAUCACGGUGUCGGUGUCAACGUCGGUGUCUUGAUGUAUGAGAGGUUUUGCUAUCUGUCUCUCAUCUCUCCUUCGAGGAUGUAUGUGGUCCUUGGACUUGACGACAACCAACAUUCCACUUGUCGCUUGCUCCAGAGUUGAAUGAAAUGGGGCAAUCGGCCUGCUCUUGCUUCUCCUACAGACUAAGUGCGCGUAUAGCUAUGUUUUAGUCACGUGGAUUGCUAUCUCG